AUUGUGUGCAGCUGUGUGUAAGUUUAAUAACACCUGAAUAUGAGAACCCAGGUGGCAGAUGGCAUGUAACGCCACGUUAAAGAUUCCGGAAACGGAAAUGACGCCAUUUGUUGUGAUCCAGCGCCCGCCCCCUCGCCAUUGUAGCAUGGAUGCGAGCGUCUAUCGCCUAGCUACCGUUAUAAAGCUGUACAGGAUUAUCAAAUCUGCAGGCCAACACGUUUUGGACAAAUCUCUGAACUGUGUAUUCUUUCAGGUUUAAACUACAACCGGUUGUGGUUAAGCGGUGCCGCUCGAUAGCUUUUACGUGGACGUGUUUGCGACGGACUGCUUCCAAAUCCAAAAUGGCGGACAACGAAGAUGAGAGCAGUACUACGAACGGCUCGGCUUUGACAGCGGCCAGUCCGGUAAAUGUGAGCGAAUCUCAGGCGAACGUACCGGCAUCCACCAGCUCUCAAAUCGAGGUAGGACAAGGAGAGGGCAGCAUUAAAGUAUUCGUGAGUGGUGAAGGGGGCGGCGAACACGGCCUGUCACACUUAGUAGCCGCCAUGCCCAGCGAGUCAAGUGCUGAUACUGGAGCCAGCGACGCAUCAUCGGAGGUGAUCGGGCAGAUUUUGGGCGCCGAGGUUCUGACAUCAUACGUGCAUACGUCUGACAACGCGGAGGAAAACGUGACCACGGAGUGCACGACAAUCAGCAGCGAUUUUCUGAAUGCCCUCGGGCCCGCGACCACGAUCAUUUACGUGCAGCCUGAUGGCAGUUUCGUGGAGAGCUCUGGUCUAACUGUGGAAGAGCAACAGCAGUUACUGGAGCAACUGUCCAAACAGCAGCUUGUGCAAGUGACCGGAAGUGAAGCGACACGAGUGAUCGAGCAGAGCCAGACACUGAUACCGACACCGGUACAAGCACCGGCACCAGUACAGGCACCAAAACCUCUCCAGAGCGCCAAACCCGCCGUUAUCUCCAGUGUGGACGUGCAACAGGUUAUCGAUCACGUUAACAAGUCGCAGGUGCGCGCGCAGACUCCCAAAAUCCUGCAGAGGAGCAUCCAAGCUCAGACUCCCUCCUAUAUAACUCUGGAGGCUGGGAACGUCAUUUCAGGACAAGUGACGACCGCAAUGCAACCACAGCCGUUUACAAUCGUGCAGAACGCGUCCCAGCAACUGCAGAGUGUCGCCAAACAGGUGGCACUGCACCAGUCCCAAAACGGAGCACAACCCAUUCAGCAAAAGCUAGCUGAACCUAUCCGCAUACAAGUGCAGGCUCCACCAAAACAGGAAAUCAAGCAACGUCAGACCACACCCAUCACCAUCCUUCAAUCUCAGAGCCUGCCAGUAAGCCAGUCUGUGGUGAAAGUCUCCACUGUAGGCACAGUCAGUACUCCUCAGAUUAUCCACAUUACACCUGUACCUGGCCAGCAGCAAUACUUCUUACAGAAUCCAGGAGAACCUCCCAUUCAACUUCUCCUUCAGAAACCGGCGUCUGUAGUUAGCAGCAUUUCAGUUCCAAUUGUACAUAAAGUCCAAGCUCCUGUCUCUUCCUCUAGCUUGACCACCACUGUAAAAAGUCCUGCGCCCAAACCCACUACAGUCUCCAUCCAGCCCACUUUGAUUUUAACCCCAUCCACUAGUGUUUCAUCCACAACCUCCAAGGUAUUGACUUCGCCCACUAAGGCCACAACAGUGGCCACCAAGAUUUUGGCUCCGGCCGUCGAAAAAGAGAAACCCAAAGCGAAGAACCGCAAGAAAAAGCCUCAAAAAAUUCAGACUCGUUCCGGCAGAGUGUCUCGGCCACCAAAGCAUAAGGUAAAGGACUAUAAAUUUAUCAAAACUGAAGACUUGGCAGAAAGCCAUCAGUCAGAUUCUGAUGACUAUUCAGAGAUCAGCAUGGAAGAUGAAGAGGGCAGCGAAGGCAAGAAGAAGACGGAUGUUGACGGUUUGUCCCUCCGCAGCAAAGCUUUUAAAUGUGAAACAUGUGAGAAGUCCUACAUAGGCGUUGCAGGUUUGAACAGGCACUAUAAACUCAAUCCCACUCAUGACAAAAGUCAGACAUCAAACCCAGAUGUGAGCGAAGACUCCAAACCCACAGAAGAAACGACACAGAGUGAAGCAGCUAAACCAAGUCCUGUGAAGGAAGCCACGACUCAAAAAGUGCAAGCAGAUUCUACAAGACAGAUUUUACCACGGCGGCCUGGGAGACCCAAGGGGUCCGGCAAAUCCAGCCUUCCUAAAAGGCUUGGACGGAAACCAAAGAGAGGAAGACCAGGCCGGCCACCUAAACACCAAACAGCACUUACUGUGGAGCAGCAGACAGAAAGACGGAGAAGUCGACUCGCAGAGUUUAUACAGCAGUAUGAUGAUAAGGACCUGCUUGAGAUCGUUCUUCCUCGCCUGGCUAAAGUCAUGACUGUAUGGGAAUUUGUGCUAAUGAAGGUAGAAAACGGCCAUUUGUUCAAGCAGCAGUUUCCCAGUGUAUAUCAUGAAUUUGAGCAACUCCACAGCCAGGUGAAGAAAAUGGCACAAGAGCACUUUAGUAUUUCACCAGCUUCCCGAGCAGCUAUAGAGGUCACCAAUAUGGAAGUCUUAAAAUCGCUGGGUAUUACUGAUCCCUCUAGUGCAUUUACACCCCUCAACUCCUCUAAUGGACAACAGGGUGCAGUAAGAAAUCCAGCAACAAAGAAUCCACGAAAUAUUGAGAAUACCAGGAUGUUGCCUCCAGCAAAAAGGUUCAAAAUGGAAAACUGCAGUGGAGAAAACAUCUCCGCUACGGUCAAUCAGAACGGCAUUCAGAAGCACGAGUCUAAUGAGGACUCGAUACUGCUCCGGGAGCCACAGGUUGUCCUGACCCGUCUAGAGAGCCUGUCAGAUGCUGAUGCAGACCCCGAAACAAGGACAGAAGAAGAAGCUACGGACACGGCGGAAUACAUUGUCGAUCCUGAAGCUGGGAAACUUCAAGAAGACCCCGACGGAGAGCUUUCGGAAGUUCUUAACAACAGUGGGAGUGUGGAUAUUUCAGAUCAGGUGAAACAGCUGGAACAAGUGCUGAGCUCAGAAACGUGUGAGGAAAUCUCAGACAAAGAUGAAAACUGUGACCCUCCACCGAUGGAAUGUUUGGACGAGGGAGAAGCUUUAGGAGAACCUGUUGUCAGUGAACUAGUGAUGGAGACUGUCGAGGCUCAGGAAGAGACCGUUUUUAUCCAAACGGCCGAGGGUCUCGUGCGACAGAGUGCUGAGGAACUUGCUUCCAAAGGAAUAGUGAUUGUGAAUGGGCCUGAUGGCAGCACAGUGCACAUCGAGGCUCCAGAAGGAGUUCCUUUAGAGACUGUCCAUGCUCUAUUAGGCAUUGAACCUGAGAGAAAGACUUGAGUGAAAGCUCCAGGACCUGAAAAAACAUUUCACAAAAUUGUCAUCAAAUUUCAAGACAACCAUAUCAGCAUGGUGUUUUUUUUGUUUGUUUGUUUUUUUCUUCCAAAGGAACUUUUUAUUGCAGAUUUUUGUACAUUUGUAAAAACAAAUUGUUAUUAUUAUUGUACCAAAUUUAUUUGCAUUGUUUUUGGUUUAGUCUUUGGUUAGAAGGUUGUAGGAGUUCACAUAGACCUUAUACUUUCACAUUUUGUUGCCAACAUUGCGUGUCUUCAAGGUCUAUGGCCACGGCAGAACUGAGUAUUUUGUAUACUGUAUACUUUGAAGAAAUGUACAGUAUGAGUGUGAAAUACUGCUGAGUUUAAAUAGAAAAUUGCUUUAAGCAAUGAAGAACUGCUCUUGGUAUGUGUUUUGGUUUUAAAUCGCUUAAGGACGACUUGAUAAUGUUCAUUUAGUUUAGUUUCUGAGAGAAAAGCCAAUUUAGUUGUUAAACUAAGAUGUACAGAAUGGCCAGAAUGAAAAGAAAAAUGGAUAAACAAGUGGAUAAACAUGUCUUAAGUGUGUACAGUCCCAUGUUACCUCUUGUUUCAUUGUUACGUGUUAAAUAGUAGUUUGUCCAAUUCAAUAGUUGUUUAAAAAAAGCACUAUUUUAUUACUUUUUUAUAUAAUCUUUGGACAUACUGUUUUUUCAAACAUCUCAAUAUUUGUAAUACAAAGAGAAUACAUAAACAGAUGACAUUAAAACAAUAUUUGUGAAUGA